AUGGGAGAGAGGUGCUCCUGGGAAGGAACAGGUGAGGGUGAGCCCGAAACAGGGAGUCCCCCUCCCCUCACCAGCUGUCAGCUCCUCAUCCAUUUCCCCAAUGAUGAAGGGACCCAGCCACACCCGCCGCCUGAGCCAGUGGGACAGCAGAGAGAAGACCGCGCCGUCGCCCACGUACAAGGCGGCAGGCUCCGCGGCGACAGCUGGGAAGUACAGCAUGGACGUGAAGUUGAGCUCAACAUCCUGCACGCCGCCGUGCAGGGCGAGCAAAAGUUCAUUUUCGCGGGCCUGCUGCUCACCAGCCACCAGCACCACCUCCACGAGGAGGUGAUCCGCUACUACCUGAUCCGCGAGCAGGAGCGCUUCAGCAGCAACGGCGCCGCGAAGCCUCCCCCGCUGCCUCCAAGAUCAAGCGGCCGCCGGGUAGGCCAGAGGCCGAGGGCUCGCGAGACCCGCGGGGCCGGCUGCCCACCGAGCCGGUGCUCAAGCUCAAGGAGCGCGCGAGCCUCGGACCGGCGGCGGGCAUUUGGGCGGCGACGGCCAGGCUCCCAUCGCAGCCUCCAGGUGCCGGGGAGCCAGAGCGUCCCUCAGGUGCAGGCGGUGGGCGCGCUGCGGCCGUGCGCCACGUACCAGCAGCAGAACCGCUUGCCGCUAGGCACCCGGGCGGGGGCGGCGGGGGCGGAAGAACCCAAGUCACAGAGCUACACCGCCGGCUUUGGCCGGGCGCUGGCCGGCCUGGAGUUCCCUGAUGCCAACGCGCGGCCCGCGCACUUGAACGGUGAGGGUGGCGGGGAUGCGAGGCCGGCUCAGCGGCGCUGCCAGGGCGAGAAUUGA